GCACUUUCAGUUUUCAUGUAUUAUUCCAGCUGGUUAUAGUGAAUUUCAGCAUAAAAAUGCAAUUGUAGCACAGAAAAAAUAAAUAUUUAAUACAUGCAGAAGUUUUCUAAGCUGCAGUAGAGAUUUCUGAGGGAAAUUUCAACUACCACUGUGAGAAGUGAAUCUAGUCAGCUUUAGAUUUAACUGAAAUACAAACAGAACACCAUGAUAGGCCAUUAGAGUGUGAGCGUGUGUGUGUGUGUGCGUGUGUGUGUGUGUCAAGAUGCUUUUCAUGAUCCUGUACUGGAUAAACAAUGAUGAAAGCAGCACAUGUCACACUGGUGCUUCUGGGCAGGACAGGCUCGGGGAAGAGCUGCUGUGGAAACACCAUACUGGGCAGAAAAGGGUUCCAGUCCGUCCUCAGCACCAAACCAGUGACCACAGAGUGUGAAAAACAGACUGAGUCCAUUCAGGGGAGACAGGUCACUGUCAUCGACACACCAGACUUCUUUGGUGACUCUUUCCCUGAUCCGAAGUCCCACAUUGACACCUGUAGGUCCUUGGUAUCAGAAGGUCCCUGUAUUUAUCUUCUGGUGUUACAGUUGGGUCGCUUCACAGAGGGAGAGAAGAAGUUAGUGGAACAGACUGAAAGCCUGUUUGGCCGAGACGUCACACAGCGCAUGAUAAUUCUGUUCAGUUAUGGUGAUGAUCUGGAGGGCAUCACCAUUCAGGACUUCCUGAAGAAUGCUCAGAUAGAUCUCAAAGCCCUAGUGGAGAAAUGUGGGAACAGGUGCCAUGUCUUCAAUAACAGGAACACCAGAAGUGACAGGCAGGUGACAGUGCUUCUGAAAAACGUGGAUUUUAUGCUGGACAGAGUUAAAGGGACAAUGAAAAAGAAAAAUAAAGAGUCAGAUUGCAUUGUUUUGUAGACCACUUUGUCAUUCAGGCAAUCUUUGUAGACCACUUUGUCAUUCAGGCAAUCUUUGUAGACCACUUUGUCAUUCAGGCAACCUUUGUAGACCACUUUGUCAUUCAGGCAAUCUUUGUAGACCACUUUGUCAUUCAGGCAAUCUUUGUAGACCACUUUGUCACCUUUGUAGACCACUUUGUCAUUCAGGCAAUCUUUGGAAUUCUUAAUAUUGAGUUUCUAGUUCAUAUAGUUCAGGUGUGUUUAUAGUUCAUAUAAAAACAAGUGUAAUACUAAUAAUGUAGAAAUUAAUCAUCUGUAUUUCAGGAUUAAAAGCUAACAUCAUA